GUGUUCGGUAUUUUUUUUAAGCCAUCUAGUAAUGCUAGGCUCACCCAGCUGACUAAACAUGAAUGAGUGAGUGCUCAUUGCACAAUCUGUAGGAAUAGAAGGCUAUUUUUUUGUUGUUGGGACAAAUAAUCAGAUUGGCAGCAGCUGUCUGAGCAAGUGAAACCUGAGUUUUCUUUCCUACCAGACACUUUACGGAGAAAACUGAGACGAAAACCCUUGCCAAGUAAAUCGAGUCCCUGCAUGUAGACAGGUUUUAAACAUCAGUCACUGCCGUUCUAAUGGCCAGAAAAGCAGAGCACAAGACCCAGAGAGGAAGUGGAGCCGGAAGAAAGUCUUACAUAUUUUCCACCAAGAGAGCAAGAAGAUUGGGUAAGGGACUAACAAACUGCUCCCCAGGAGAAUAAUAGGGAGAGGCAGAUUAGGAGAGAGAGCAGCAGUCACCUGUUCACAGCUGGAAGACACUGACAGUUGGAGGAAUGGGAAGUCCCUAAAGCAUCGUCUGCCUGUUCCCUAAGCAAAAGCAGGUUCACUAAACUCCCCUUGCUCCUGGAUAAUCACAAUGGAGAGAUGCCAGAUGAAUGAAAGCACAAAAGGGCCCAAUUGCAGCAUGAAUACCAUGCCCAUGGGAUGUUACAUGGUCCUUAAUAGCCGUGGACAGAAAAUAGGCUUAGGCACGCUAUGCUUCAUUUUGGGGGCUCUGUGCUUUUUGGAAAACUCUUCUGUGAUGUGUCUGAUAUUUUCUUCCCCUAAGAUCAGGAAAAAGCCUUCCUACAUCUUGAUCAGCAGCUUAGCCCUAGCAGAUGUUCUGGCCUGCAUCGUAUUUGUCUGCAGCUUUGUUGAUUUCCAUGUCUUCAAUAGAACUGACUCCUCUAAAGAGAUCUUCUUGCUGAAGCUCGGAGGAGUCAACAUGUCCUUCACAGCAUCUUUGGGCAGCUUGCUGCUGAUGGCGUUUGACCGAUACGUCUGUAUCCACAGGCCCUCAGAGUACAAGGCCAUUGUGACAAGGAAAAGGGCUUUGAUGGCGAUGGCUGUGAUGUGGGUAAUUACCAUGGUGGCAGCCCCCCUGCCACUCAUGGGGGGGAACUGCUGCAAGGCAAAAUCAGCCUGCUCUGAUAUGUUUGCCUGGAUCUGCCUGGUCAUGAUUCUGUUGCUGUGUAUUGUGUAUGCCUAUGUGCAGGUACUGUGGAAGGCUCAUAAGCACACAGUAUACAAGGAGAGACGCCAAAGCCAGGCUGGGCGGCGAACUGCAAAGAUGAGAAUGGACGUCACACUUGCCAAAACAUUAGUGAUGAUCCUGGUGGUUGUCGUGACAUGCUGGUCCCCAGUGCUGGGUGUCAUAACGUACAGCCUCUUUGCCAGCCUGAAUAACGACAUCAAAAAGGUGUUUGCCUUCUGCAGCACCCUCUGCCUGGUGAACUCCAUGGUGAAUCCCCUUGUCUACGCCCUCCGAAGCAGGGAGCUGCGCUCCUCUUUGAAGAACAUCUGCUUGAGGUUCAGGGAGAAGCUGAGCUUCAGAGAGCCUCCUGGCAGAUCUGCUGAAAUCCUGAGCUCUGACUGGGAAGACACGGGACAGAUUUGGAUUGUUUCUUUGAAAAGGAAGAAAAGCUAA